GAGUAAAACUUCGUUAUAAACCUUCAUAAACCGUUAUGACCAACAACGAAAUGGCCCCCCAAACUCGUAAAGUUUCCGUCGUAUACACGAAACCGUCGAAAUGAAAGAGACGUGGAAGAAUUAGCGUCGGCGUGGAGACCAUUCGUCACGUUGGAGGCGCUAUUUCGUGAUUAGGGUCAGUAUAAAACCAACAGGAAAGAGUUGCGAGUGAACGCAACAAAGUUAUGGAUGAUCAGAUGGUAAAAACUCAUUAGCAACUAGAUAGAUUAUGGAUGAAAUUAAUGAUUAAGGAAAGGCCGAUAUAAGUAUACAAUAUAUUGUACACGCGAAGAAGGAAUAAGGAUUAACCUUGAACUUUAAGAUGUAUUAAGAUGACAAUAAAUAAGAAAAAUUCAAAAGUAAUCGAUGAUUUAUAUAAUUUCAUGUUAAACCUCUAUGAUAAAGAAAAAUUGGUACAAAAAAACUUUUAUAAAACUCCACACGAAAACAGUUUUAUGACAAAAUCACACGUAACACAUGUGAGGAUUUAAAAAGGCGGAAAAAUCGAAUGUUUUCAUUUCUCGUUGAGUUUUCAUCGCCGUUAGGUGUAAAGUUGAAGCGUUGAAACGCGAAAAUUGAUCACACCUGAGUUCCUAUGGUAACGGGUUAGGAAAGUGUCGAUUCUUGGGCAGUGUUAGACCAAAAAUACACCCGUAAAGUUAUCGUGCAAUAUUAAUAACUUUAAAAGUCCAAUAAAUUUAAAAACUUUAUCACAGCUACCGCACGAAAAUGGAAGAUUCAUCAGUAGCGGUGCCGAAAGCUCACCGAUUAGACACCAGCAGGGAUAACGAAAUCCUACAAAGGUUUGUUAGAAUUAAUUUAGACGAAAGUGAAAUCCCAGAAGAAGAAGCCGAUAAUAAAAAUAAAAAUGUAAGUAAACCAGAAAAUGUACAAGAUAAUGGGGAAAUGGAGAAAUUAAAACCGAUCGUGGAGCAAAAAGUACCAAGAAUCGGUGUUAACAUUAUUGAAAAAGAGGUAACCAAAAAAGGUUUGAGAAAACGAAGAAGAAGCAGAAUAAGAGAAGAAGAAAAUUAUACCGAUAAAGAUAGAGCAGCCGCUGUUAACAUGGGGACACGAGAUAUAAAACAAUCUUUAAAAUUAAAACGAAAACAAGAUCGAUCGAAAGCUUUAGCAAUCCCAGAAGAAGCUGAACCGGGUACUUUUUUAGCUUUAGGCAAUUAUGAAAUGGGAAGAGGCGAUUUAAACAUCGCUUUAGAUUUCAUGACGAAGGCAUUGGAAUUAAAUCCAACCGAAAAAAACGCUUUGGUUGCAAGAAGUAAAUGCUACCUACUUCUAGGUCAGCCAGAAAAUGGUUUAAAAGACGCCGAAACCGCAUUGAGUAUGGACAAAAGUUUUAUAAAAGCCCUUUUUCAAAAAGCAGAAUCCUUGUACUAUUUAGGCGACUUCGAACAUAGUUUAAUGUACUAUCACAGAGGCCUCAAAGUUCGUCCAGACCACGAAGGUUUCAAACUCGGCGUUCAGAAAGCUCAGAAAGCCAUCGAAAACGCUAUUGGAGGAGCUUUCCUAGUGAAAGUUCCUUCCAGAAGCGCUACCAAACAAACCAACUCCAUCAAAGUUGAAACUCCAAAGACCCCAACCACUUUGGACGGAAAAACAGAAAAAACUUGUUCUAAUCGAACCAGAUCGAGAACAAGGAGAUGCGCGAGUUCAAAGAAAAGCUCGUUAUUAAGAGAAUUGGGAGCCGACAAAGAUUAUUUAGACAAUUUAUUGAAUCACCCAGAUUUAAGAUGUCAAUUUAAGGAGAAUGAUAAUGAAAUUAUUGAUUGUAUUAAGGACGCCGUUGAAUAUUUGAAUAAGAGGCAAGAAUUUUGGAGGCAACAACUUCCACCUAAAUUAAAAUAAAAGAUAAAAUUAGAAAAUAUAUAUGAUAGAUAAAUAAUAUUGCAAUUAGAUUCACCAAAAACCUUUAAGUACUAAUGUAGUUAUUAAU